AUGCUUCCUACUCCAUAUACUAAAUUCGAUUAUGAUAAGGUGUACGAGCCUUCUGAAGAUAGCUUUCUUUUGCUAGACUGUCUGGAGUCUGAAUUAAAAUUCUUGGAUGAGAAACUAAAAGGUAAGUUAUCUGUUGUUUGUGAAAUAGGCCCUGGUUCAGGAAUUGUAACCACCUUUAUGAUACAAAAUUCAAUCCCCUCUCUAAAUUCAUCUAUUUAUUUAGCAGUGGAUAUUAAUCCUUGGGCUCUUGAAUCUACUAUAGAUACCGCUGCUAGGAACAACUGCAAAGGUCGUUAUUUGGAUACUAUUCAAUGUAACCUUACUGACUCUCUAAAAGCCAACGAAGUCGAUUUACUAGUAUUUAAUCCACCAUAUGUACCCGCUGAAGAAGUACCACAGAUACCAGAAUCUAAAGGUGAAAUUGAUAACUGGCUGGACUUAGCACUGUUAGGUGGAAAGGAUGGAAUGGUAAUAACAAAUAAAGUACUAGAAAAUUUGGAUUCAAUACUAUCAAGUAAUGGAGUUGCAUAUAUUCUAUUUUGUGCAAGAAAUAAACCAGAAGUCAUUACUGCAGAAAUGAAGAAAACUGGCAAUUGGAAAAUAGAAUUAGUAGAAACUCGUAAAGCUGGUUGGGAAGUAUUAAGUGUAUAUCGUUUUGAAAGACAACACUAA